CUAUCUUAAUAACACGCCUGCUGCCCGAAAAUGUGUGACAUCCUCUUAAAUUGUGGCAUAAAUAUUAGGAAAGCUUGAGAAGGCAACAAUGGGACUGUGUAUGUUUCAGACUGACUGGCUAGGUUAGCUAGCCAGGAGCCUGGGCAGUCAGCUGGCACACUGACUGGCAACAUGCAGCUUUAGAGCUACUGUAUUGGUCCCCUAUAUUGUCUGCUACUGUAAAGUCUUUUGGUCUGGUUGGCUUUUAGGAGCCAAAUAUAUUUUACUGAGGCAUUGAAGGAGUCAUAAAUUCUUUUUCAAAGCAGGUGAUAACUGAAUGAACCUGGGUUUGUGAUGUUGGACUGGUUAGCUAGUUGGUUUUUUUGUGUUUGUUUGUUUUUUUGCAAUAUGACAACAAUGAGUGAGGAUUUCAUAGAGUUUCAUUUGCCUGCCAAAUCAGCAUGGUGAUUAUUAGGUUUUUUCAUUAAUGUGAUGCAGGCAGUUUUUUAUUGCCACUUCUCACUAGAAAUUGUAAGUUUCCUGGAAGAAGCCAGAUGUGGAUGAAGUUGGAAGUGUCGUUACCCAAUGCUCUCCCCGGCUUUUAAAGUAUAGUACAGCUGUUGUUGAGUUGUCUCCCACAGCUAGUGUCCGACACACUCAUUCGGACAUGUAUGAAUAUAUCCAAAUUUAGUCAGUGUGUCAGUCGUCUUCACUCGUGAUACAGUUGUUACUUAUUCUCCUUGUUCGCUAGCGUGUCUGCAAAUAGCACCUCUCAAUAUAACGACAGAGAAAAGUGUUUCCACCUGCAAAGGCAAGUGUUAAAGGUGAUAACAAAAGGUUGACGUCACCGUGCUCAUCCUGAUCCUGCCGCACAACCUCGACCACUGAGGAGGUGGAGGAGGAGGAGUGCAGGAGGAGUAGUUUCAGAGGAGGAGAGCAGCUUUUUGCCAUAACGUCUAAUGCUUCGUGUCUGGAAGGAAAAGGUCUAUCUCUGAUCAGAUUUCGGGUGUCUUAAGGGCACACUUAACUAAUGGGAUCAUAUCGAUGUUUCUCCUCCUCCACGCCUGAUCUUUGCACGGCGGAAUGUUAAUGUUGCCACAGCCUGUCCGUGUUGACUUUGGCUGUUCAGAGUCUGGUUUUAUUGCUGUACUCGGUCUAUAAUGUCGUGGAGCCUGACGGAUAUGAUUAAGAAACGCACCGCAGUAAAGCAGCACUUGUGUGACUGACGGGACUAUGGAAAUGAUCGGGUUUAUUCUGCACAUGUGUGAGGAGAAGCGUGUGUCCCAUGUUGCAUUAGUGUCUGUGUGAAAUGCUGGCCUGUCUGCCAGGGCCAGGUGACCUCCCCCUCCAGCUUCUCCCCCACACGCAGAUGAACACUGGACUUCAGAAAUGGGACACCACACAGAGGAUGAGAUCUGCUCCCUUUCCAACCCCUGCAGAAUUGGAUGCAUAUGCUAAGAAAGUUGCCAACAACCCCCUCACCAUCAAGAUCUUCCCCAACAGCGUCAAGGUCCCCCAGCGAAACCACGUGCGCCGUACAGUCAACGGGCUGGACACGUCAGGCCAGCGCUACAGCCCUUACCCUUCCUCUCAGGCCAGUGCCAAGACAGGCCUCCUUGCCAUUGUCAAGGUGCCCACAGUCAAAGGCAUCCUAAAAGAUUUUGACGGCAGCCGGGCUCGCUUGCACCCUGAAGUCAUCAUGAACCCUCCCGCCGGACCCUACCAAGUGGCUUCGACUAGCACUUUAAACCAUCACCCACCUCUGCCGAACCUCCCCCGACUCCAGCAGAGCUUACCCCUUCAACCACAGGACCAGCCUCAGACUCUCCAGAUGCCCAUCCCUCAGCAGCAGGAUCACACCCAGAGCCUCAGACACCACCCCUCCAUGGCCCAGCAUCCUCAGGGCCCACCAAGAAUCCAGACUCAGCACCCAGCCCUUGGCCAUCCACAGGGGCCUCCUACUGUCAUGCUUCAGCAACAGCACCUCCAGCAGCAGGUGCCACCUGGCCUGCAGGGGAGCAGAAAGCUGCCAGAUGGCGAGGCUCCGCCUAAUGUUACCGUCUCUACCUCAACCAUUCCACUCUCUAUGGCUGCUGGGCUGCACCAGGGCCGCCAGGCCGACCUGAGCACCAUUGUGCAUCAGAUCAACCAGUUCUGCCAAGCUCGGGCCCAAGGUGCAGGAGCCACCUCCAUGUGUGAGGGCCAGAUCGUCAACCCCAGUCCCAUCAGUCGCAACCUUCUUAUCAGCACCUGCUCCAGGGUGUCCAUGCACAGCAACCCUGCAACCCCUGGUUUCCCCCCGCCCAACUGCAUUAUUGGCCCUCAAGAGAAAGCCACCGCACUAGUGGGAGCUCACCCACCAUCAAGCGUGGCUGCUAUGAACCACUUGCCUUCCAGCCACACUGAUCUUAAGCAGCAGCAUCACCUGCAGCAUCUGCAUCCACAACAUAAUCAGCAACAACAACAACUACAACAUAACACCCAGCAUCAGAAGAUGCGCUCUUGGAAUCAGCACCAGUUGGCUCAUGUACCCCACAUUCAGAACGGUGGGACCCACCUCUGCAAGCAGCCUUCCAGGGACCCCACCUUCCAUUUUAAGGGUAUGGGCUACCCUGCAGAAGUGUGCGUGGGUCAGCCUUACACACUGAAACCUCCUGUAGAGAGGCCCACCCCCUCUCCCCCUGUCAACAACAACAACGGCAUGCCUGGUCCCAUGGCCCACUACACUAAUGGUCAUUACUUCCAGUCCCACAUUUGGAACAGCAGCAUCCUACCCACACCCAACAGUGACAGCUCCGGGUCUCAGGACAUAGCCAUGCCAUUCCACGGUGCAGGCCCAGGGGGGUGCACCACACUAGACUGUGGGCCCCCUGGGGCUCCCCAUUACAGGCUAGGAACAAGCUCCUCCACCUCCUCCUCCUCUGCCCAGACUAAUCUGUUGAUUACAGCUGAUUACUUGGGUGGGGACUUCCAGACGCCCUAUUUCCGCGAUCAGAAUCUAGGGUUGAUGGGCAAGAUGCACAGGCCUCCUCUGAGCAGGGUAGGUCCAGAGGCUGGUGAUGCCAGAACCGCUCUCAUCCAGCAUCCAGGGUACAGAUAAGCUAUGGCCUUGUCUACACAGCAGUCAUCAAAGCCCCUUUGUUUAGUCUUAAGAAACACAUGAAUAAAACUAAAUUCAUUACUUAAAUGAGCGCUAAUGUUCAAGAGGGUAAAUUAAUAUAUUUGAUGAAGAACAGUAGUUUUUUUUGUUUAUUUGUUUUGUUUUUAAUAAAUCUUGCAAGUGAUCAAUUGCUGCUUUUAUUUUUGUUUUGAGUGCUUUUACUUGGCACUUUAGGGAAUUUUUUCAUGUACAUGUGUAUACACAUCCGUACUGUUUAUGUCAUUCCCACCUUUUUCCUCUGUUGUAUUGUAUCUGUGUGUCUGGAUCUCAGCAGAUCCUGUGUCAUUUCUGCUUCAGAAUGAUAGGUUCAGUUUUCUUUAUGCACUUAUGCACAAAGAAGAAAAACAGAUAGAUCCAUCACUGAAAAAUAGCACAUCUACUGAGGAGUGUUUUUUCUUACAGAAUCAUGUCAAGAAUUUACAGCUCCGCCUAGUUUCAUUAGACAAACUUUCAUUUUGGUGUCAAUGCUCAAAUCUCAUAGUAACUUCAAGAUUAAACACAAUCAUUUGAGGACAGAGAGAGUCAGUCUUAUGUUAACUAUCCAAAAAUUAAAGUACAGCUGGAAAAACUCACUGUAUGCUCAUGUAGACAUUUUGUUCUUUCUAAGUGUAAUUAUCUAUUUGUAUUGCAGGACUGUUUAAAAUUGAUUCCUCUCUGUCAGUUAAGGAAGCAUAAAUCAAGUGGUCUGUACAUAGUAAAGCAAGGAGCAAAUUAUGUUGAAGAGAAGAUGCUCUGUGCUGCUGAAAAUGCUGCAAUGAUUUCAGGUAUUAAAAAAAACCUUUUUUGUCAAUGCCAGGAAGGCGUGACAAGUGACAAGAUUGUGAAAUGUUUAGUGUUUAGUUAGUAAAAAGUCAGGAAAGAAUAACUGUCAUACCUUGAAAUGGCCAAAGUCAGGUUAAUAAAGACACAAUGUUAUGAGGAUGUGCCAUUUUUUGUUUCCUUUUCAGAUCGUUUUUGUAACCAUGACAAAUGUAUUACUUGAAUGUUGAGAUUAUUUUGCUUUGCAGGUUUUGAGGGGGAACAGUGAGGACAAAACUCUGGAGUGGAAGAAAUAUAGUGUUACUAAUGUCAUGUAGAAUCCAACUAUGAGCCUAACCAGAGUUUUGAUCCUGACAGCAGGAAGUAAAGUGAAUAAGUUAUGUGUAGGUUCUACUGAUUCUGAUGUGAAGUCUGCUUGAAAAGACCAAAUUGAUCACUUGCAAGAUCACUUGGAGGUAAACAAAACUGACUUUUAAGUUUAAAGUGAAACAGCAAAUGCAUUGUUUUAUUUUAUUGUACACUGGCUUACCUACUAGACUACUGUAACUUUAAAGUUAAUGAUUGUGGGUGAAUGUUGCCCGGUGAUGUGAGUAGAGUUAAAGCACGUGUGAAUGCGUGUGUGAGAGAGAGACCAAGAGUGUGUGUGUGUGCGUGUGUGUGUAAAAACACAAUGACGCCCAUGUUUUGUUCACCUAACUCCCUAACAGCCCUUAAAAAGCCUUAAGUGUUUGGUCCUUGGACUUCCCUUGAAAAUAAGCAUGGUUUUAAUGAAAACCCCAAAUAAUAAGGAGAAAGAAGAUCGUAAGGAUACACAGAAACAGCAAGUUUUUGUUUCUUUAUGUUUUUCUGUUUUUGUUUUUUUUUUUUAAUGAAGUUUUGUUGAAUAGACAGAGCAAUUCCUUAGAGAUUCUUUAUUCUGGAGAGCAAGAAAAAGGAGUAAUAUUUUGUAAUUAUAUAUUUUAGCAAUGUGUAGUUACUGAGCUGUAACAUUUUUUUUCCAGGUUUCAAAGCUUCAGUUUGCAGUUGUGACUAUUUAUAAUACUUGAUUUGCUUGUUAUUUAAAUUUUAUUUUCUUUGUUUUCUUGUACUAUUGAUGUGAAAUGGAAGAAGGUCCAUAAGCCUUUCUUUUGUGUCAUUCUGUACGACAGAUAAGAGGCAAGAGCGUGCGAGUUGUGCUACUCUUUUUGUAAUAUUGUAAUAAUAAAAUAAAGUUCUAAUUUAAGCUUUAAAAA